UCUUUGUUUUAAUAUUCCUUUUACAUUUCCGUAUACAUUUACUGACACCUUUCUUUUAAACCGGUGUAAUUCUGUGAAUCGUCACACCACUACCAAUAAAUCACGUGAACUCUGACGCACCUAAAUUACGAGGUUAAAAGUCAGAACGUCAACAUACAACUGUUUAUUUGAAGAAGACAUGGACGCGUCGUUAUCAAAUUUUCUAGAUGAGACUUUAAGCCGAGUUUCACCACUGCCUGUCAACAAGGACAAACACGUGGAUGCCAAGAGUACAUCCACGGAACAAAAGCUGGUCACUUGUCCAUCCUCUCAGCUCAAUUGCACCGAUGGUAAUGUAGGUGGCUCUGAAAGACGCGCAGAUACUAGAGUUCAGACAGUGAGUGAGUCGUUUAACAUCGAAGGUUGUAUGACCACACUGACAGCAACACAAGAAGGAGUAGUGACUGCAGAUCAUGACAUACAUAGGUUCAUUGUUGAACAGGGAAGCACGGCAAACUCAGGUCAUGUAUUGGAUAAUCCCAACUUCUACACCCUAGAAGCACCUUCUGUAAACUUGGCUACGAGCGAUGAUAAAGAAAUACACUACGAAAAUAGCUCAGAUUUGUUAAACAUGGGUCAACAUUCUUAUGGCAGCUUCAGUGUUAAUACAAAUGUGUUCCGAGAAUCAAACCUUUCUGGGCAAUGUGAAAAUCACUUGGAUUAUACCACUGUACAUGACUAUCAUUCUUCUGGACAAAACACACACAGUGUACUAACUGAGCCUUCUUACAUGUCUAGUGAGCAUUAUCAGGCUGUGUUUGUGAUGGGAGAAACUGAAAUACAUUCCAGUGAACCUACAAGUAGCAGUAUUAUGGAAACCACAACUUCAGAGCAUGACAUAGACCAGGCAUUAGAUCUCAUCAUCGAUCACAGCCAUGACAUUCCAGCAACAAACCAGGCAGAUAGUGAUAUUUCUCAUCCACUCUCAUCAAUUUCUCCAUUACCACAGUUAUCAGGACGGCCUACUGGGGAAGACUAUAGUUCAAAAGUGAGGCCCAGAGAAAAGAAACGACGACGACGGGAGAAGAACCCGGACCCCCCUCCUGAGGCGAUACUGCCCCCGUGUAAAGUGUGUGGUGAUAAAUCGUCAGGCUAUCAUUACGGCACAAACACUUGUGAACCAUGCAAGGCAUUUUUCCGACGCACAUUGAAGAAGAAAGAGGUUGACUACAAGUGUAAAUGCUGCCAUGGCGAGCAGGAGAUAUGGAAACAGGGUCCCUACAAGAACGGCUGCCCAGCCUGUCGCUACGAAAGGUGCCUCGCCGUCGGCAUGUCCAAAAACGCAAUCAAAAUUGGAAGAUACACAAACAACCAUAAGACAAGUAAUAUCAAACAAGUAAAAAGCCUGGAGUCCAGAAAUAGAAACAGUCAAGGCGACGGAGCAGACAACAGUUCGGUGAACCUUGCGACCAGUCCACAAUCUCCUGAAGAGUCCCAAGAUCCACUACCAGGACCAAGCGGUUGCGACACUCAAGCCGCGAGAAGCUUGAUUGAGAUCGCUUUUUCUCAGGCGAUUUCACAAACCAGUCCGCCAUCCAAUGUUGACCUGUCAUCUCCUAGACCAUCUGCCACCUCCUCGUCCGCCCUAGAUUCAGACUACGCUCUCUGCCCAACCUCCUCCAUCGCCUCCCUAGAACCCUCAGGUUCUCAGGGUCGGUUUUACCUAAAAUCUGGGAUGACACUGAAAGAGAUCGAUACGACAGUAAAGAUAGUGACAGAGGCUCACCGGAGCACAGGGGUGAUCCCAGAACAAUCAGCUGAUGAGAUCAAGAGGAAGCAGGCUGAGUACCUGGAGAAGUACAAAUUGAAGACACAGCUGUUCGGGGAAAUGAGAGCCAUUUCCCGGGCCGAGUUUGCGGAGUUUUAUAAGGCAACAGGAAUUGAUAUCGAUGGCCGUCGUGGCGAAAUUGAAGCUGCCAUGGAAUUUUUCCAGAAGAGAAUCGCGUUCAUUGUGGCGUUUGCAAAAGCCAUACCUGGUUUCAAGGAUUUGUGUUUGGACGACCAGGCAUCCCUGAUUAAAGUGUCCAGAUUUGAAAGCACCCUUAUUAGAGCCUACAAGAAAACAUUAGUCAAUUUUAACCAGUCUACUGAAGUACUGGUGACACCAUGGGGUCGGACAUUUCACCUGAGCGAGCUCGAGGGGUUUCUUCCCAAAGAUAUGCUCAAGCUUAGAAUUAAGAUGGCUGUUCGGCUGAAUGCAUUGGGACUCUCACUACAGGAGGAGGCUGUUCUAAGGGCCAUCGUAACAAUGUGCCCAGAUCAGUGUGAGUUGAAUGAUAGAGCCAAAGUGGAGAGCAUUCAGGAGAAGCUGUUUGUGUGUUUACAACACAUGUUGAAUGUUCGCCACGGAGGCACGGGAAACCUGCUCUACAAGAUCAUGGACAUUAUCACUGAAAUGCGCAUUUUGUCGGAAGGCAUUUCUCAGUUCACUAGAAGUGCCUUAAAAGACAUGAACCCUCAUUUCAAGGAGAAAUUCUCAUUGUUAAGAGAAUUUAUUAGCUGAGUAUUGAAUAAAAUCAAGUGUGGUCAGACAAUGUAAUGUGAGCGUUAAGCUUUAAGUUAUUCUAUUCUACAUGUAUUAUAAAGUUUGUGUGUUGUAAGUCAAUUGCUUGACAAGUCAUAUUUUCAAGUAAAGAGUUACUAUUUUCAUCUUUUGCUCAUUUUAAAUCAUUGUAUACACAGGACAUUCAGCGUUUGAAAUGUACUAAACUAGGGUAAGCUCAGUUUAAAAGACACGUACAGUAUUUUAAAUCAAUACAUACACAUGUAUAACAAAUCUUGAGUGAUAAACCUUGAACUACUUACUAAAUAAUGCGUUUAUGGAAAACUUUUUUACUGAUAACAAGAUUGUAACCUUAAGUUUAUAACUGAAAAUAGACAAAUAUUAAAUGACUUGUUGGUUCUAAAAGAGUAACAGUGAUGAAGGUAGAAAAACGUGUUUGCUGCACUUUUCAUUCAAAUUUAAUAUGUUAUUCUUCAUAAGAACCAUUGUUUUCGAUAUUUGUUCAUCCUUUUCAUUGUGGUACAACAUAUCUGGGAGAAUGAGUGCAUCUUUAAAAGGGUAUAAAGUUUAAUGAAAUGUUCUCUAGUUUAAUGAGUUUUCUGGAGAACUGUUUGUGAGCCAUUCAUGGGAGGGGAAAAACGGACAUCCAGAUUAGCACAAAAAGUGAAAUUGCUGUGUGUCAUUUUUAGCUCGACUAUUCAAAGAAUAAGGAGAUCUGUAUAGUAAUCAUCCUAGCGUCGGCGUCACAACUUACUUAGGGUUUUGCAUGUAAGCACCUUUAAGUCAUUUUCUCAGUAAAUACAUCAUUUAUUGCAGUGAAACUUUGGAUAUGUAUUCCCAACUAUCUAACCCACUAAAUUAAUGAUGUUAGAUAACACUUAUUUAAAUAUAAUGCAAGAAAUGGGCCUUUAUUAUUUGACUUAGAAAUUCUAUCAUCAAAUCUACUUAAUUAACCAAGCUAGAUAAAUCUAGUUUGCAUCUAAUGCAAAUAAUUGCCCUUUAUUAUUCGGCUUAGAAUUUCUGGUUAAGGUUUUGCAUGUAAGCAUUUUAUACAAUGGUACUCAACCAUCCAACCUACUUAAUUAACCAGGUUAGAUAACUCUAGUUUGCAUUUAGUGCAAAAUAAUUCAUUAUUCGACUUAGAAAUUCUAGUGAAGGUUUUGAAUGUACCCACAUUUAAGUCAAUAUCUCAGCAAAUACAUUAUGUAUUGCAUUGAAACUUUAUAUGUGUAUUCCAAACUAUCUAACCAACUAAAUUAAUGAAGAUGAUUGCAUCUUUUUUAAUAUAAUGCAAGUUAUGGGCCUUUAUUAUUUGACUCAGAAAUGUGUGUUAAGGUUGUGCAUGUAAUAACACAUAGGCUUAUAUCUCAAUACCUACUUGAUGUAUUGCAUUGAGACUUUGUACAAUUGUAUUCAACAUCCAAUCUUCUUAAAUAACAAAGUAAGAUAACUCUACUUUGCAUUAAAUUCAAAAAAUGAACCUUUUUUAUUCUACAUAGAAAUUCUGGUUAAGAUUUUGCAUGUAACCACAUUUAAGUCAAUACCUCAGCGAAUACAUCAUGUAUUGCAUUGAAACUUUAUACAAAGGCUCCCGACCAUUCAACCUUCUUAAUUAAUGAAUAAAGAUUUUUGCCCCUUUAUUAUGUGACUUAGAUAUUCUGAUUAAGGUUUAGCGUUUUAGCACAUAUAUGUUAAUAUCUCAGCAACUACUUGAUAAAUUGCAUUCAGACUUCAUAUAUUGGUACUUAACCACCCAACCUACUUGAAUAACCUUUAGAUAACUGCAUUUUGCAAAUAAUGACCCUUUAUUAUUGGACUUAAACAAUUUGGUUAAAAUUUUGCAUGUAACAACUUUUAUGUUAAUAUCUCAGCAAAAACAUCAGGUCUUGCAUGGUAAUCUAAUCUUAUUUUACAGUGAUCAAUGCAUAUUUCGCCAAAACUGUUCAAUCCUUAUACUGAAAAGCGGCUGAAUAGUUGAGCGUGACAGCUCUUGUUUUGUUUCAAUUGAUACUCAUAAAAAGUGCAUAAUAUUUAAAUGGCAGCAGUGAAAUGGUUGUGUUUUUUCAGAUUUGUUUAAAUAAUUAUGUUUUAGUAUUUUACUAUAGAAUAAGCAAUUUUUGUAUUAUUUGUUUUGUGUUUGUCUUAUUGCCAAAUUGUGUUGGAGAUCAAUUUAAAUUAUUGUUUAAGGUUGGUUACUUUGUGUGUAAGCUUAUUCAUGCUCGCACUUGAGCCUUGUCCAUUCGGCGAGUGCUCCGAUAAGAUUGUAAGUCAAUUUAAAUUUUGCAAAGCACAGUACACAGACAGAGAAUGUUACUCUGGUUAAAGCUACUCUGGCUCUUUAAUGUGGACCAGAGUAUAGCACUGUUACACGGACCCCCAUUUAACGUCUCUCCCGGAAGACGAUUAAUAUUGUUUUAGUGGUGCGGCGGGGAAUCGAACCUGCGACUCCUGGGUGGACAGUCAGGUGUGUUACCACUAGACUACGGAUCCGCCACCACCUCACUGUAUGAAUUGUGACAAGGUGUGAAGACGUGAGUUUGAAAAUCAAUAUUGUAUUAGACAAUUAUUGUAUUGCAAUAAUAAUAAUUCUUGCCAUUUUGUCUUCUAUAUCUCUUCAAAAAUGUUCUACAUUGUUGCAAUGCACUCUUUAUAUGUAUAUAACAUGUCAAUCACAUAAUUUUAACAAAAGUA